UGGAACAUGAUUAUAGAAUUUUAAGUUAGUUUCAGAGCUUUCAAUUGUAGUCUUCCAAGUCUAAAAUUUGACCAGUGCAAAGUUUGUUACUUUUCAGUGAUGGGUUCAAAGCCGUGGCUACAUCCGGCUCCAACAUAUCGUUUAUUGGAGACGUUUUGGGAUACUGAUGAUGAUGCUCCAGGUCCACGUUGUGGUCAUACUCUCACUGCUGUAGCUGCUACCAAAACUCAUGGUCCGCGGCUCAUACUCUUUGGUGGUGCUACUGCUAUUGAGGGGGGCAAUGGGGCUGCACCUGGCAUAAGGCUGGCUGGUGUAACCAAUUGUAUUCAUUCAUAUGAUGUUCUUACCAGAAAAUGGACCAGACUUAGACCUGCCGGUGAGCCACCUUCACCUAGAGCUGCACAUGCUGCUGCGGCUGUUGGAACAAUGGUUGUAUUUCAGGGCGGGAUAGGACCUGCUGGGCAUUCAACUGAUGAUCUUUAUGUUCUUGACAUGACAAAUGACAAGUUCAAGUGGCACAGAGUUGUUGUUCAAGGUCAGGGUCCUGGACCACGGUAUGGCCACGUAAUGGACUUGGUUGCACAAAGAUAUCUGGUAACUGUCAGUGGCAAUGAUGGGAAAAGAGUUCUUUCUGAUGCUUGGGCCUUGGAUACCGCUCAGAAACCUUAUGCAUGGCAGAGGCUGAAUCCAGAAGGCGAUAGACCAUCAGCUAGAAUGUAUGCAACAGCUAGUGCUCGGACCGAUGGCAUGUUUUUGCUUUGUGGGGGGAGAGAUGCUUCAGGCACGCCCUUAGCAGAUGCUUAUGGCCUGCUUAUGCAUAGGAAUGGACAGUGGGAGUGGACUCUUGCACCAGGAGUGUCACCAUCAUCAAGGUAUCAACAUGCUGCGGUAUUUGUUGGUGCAAGAUUACAUGUUACAGGGGGUGCUCUUAGAGGUGGACGUGCAGUAGAAGGUGAAGCAGCUAUUGCAGUGUUGGACACUGCUGCUGGAGUUUGGUUAGAUAGACACGGGCUGGUAACUGCUUCACGUGGUAGCAAGGGCCACAAUGAACAAGAUCCAUCUUUGGAGCUUAUGCGUCGCUGUCGCCAUGCAGCUGCAUCUGUUGGUGUUCGGAUAUAUAUCUAUGGUGGUCUUAGAGGAGAUACACUUUUGGAUGAAUGUCUGGUUGCAGAAAAUUCUCCAUUGCAUUCUGACAUCCAUUCCCCGGUCUUAACAUCCGAGAGAGCCAUUGGCACCCCAAAUAACUCAAAUUUUUCAACAGAUCCUGAUGGAAAACCUGAGACCCACUCAUCUGGUGGGUUGAGCAUGGAUAAAGAUUCUAUGGAAAAAUUGACCAAGGAUUUUGCUGCUGAAGCUGAGGCUGCUAAUGCUGUCUGGCAAUUAGCGCAGGCUGCAUCUGCCACUCCUGAAGUAACAUCGGUCUCAGACGAGAGUUCUCAAGUUCCAGACACUGCUUCUGAGGGUAGCGACAGUGAAUCAGCUGUCCGCCUCCAUCCUAGAGCUGUUGUAGUUGCAAAAGAAACCGUUGGGAACCUGGGGGGAAUGGUGAGGCAAUUGUCAUUGGAUCAAUUUGAAAAUGAGAGUAGACGAAUGGUUCCCUCAUAUAAUGAUAUUUCGAAUCCAACAAAAAAAUUCGCACGGCAGAAAUCACCUCAAGGAUUGCAUAAAAAGAUCAUAUCCACUUUGCUUAGGCCGCGAAAUUGGAAAGCACCUGUAAAUAGAAAGUUCUUUCUUGAUUCAUAUGAAGUGGGUGAGCUUUGUUAUGCAGCUGAGCAGAUCUUCAUGCAUGAGCCUACAGUUCUUCAAUUGAAAGCCCCUGUCAAAGUGUUUGGUGAUCUACAUGGACAGUUCGGUGAUCUCAUGCGGCUGUUUGAUGAAUAUGGAUUUCCUUCCACUGCUGGAGACAUUACUUAUAUUGACUAUUUGUUUCUGGGUGAUUACGUUGAUCGAGGACAGCACAGCUUGGAGACAAUCACUUUACUCCUAGCUCUAAAGAUUGAAUAUCCAGAGAAUGUACAUUUGAUAAGGGGGAAUCAUGAAGCUGCCGAUAUUAAUGCACUUUUUGGCUUCCGUAUUGAAUGCAUUGAGAGAAUGGGAGAAAGUGAUGGCAUCUGGGCAUGGACGCGUUUCAAUCAACUUUUUAAUUAUCUUCCACUGGCUGCCCUCAUCGAAAAGAAAAUCAUCUGCAUGCAUGGUGGCAUAGGGAGGUCAAUAAAUUCAGUUGAGCAGAUAGAGAAGAUAGAGAGGCCAAUAACAAUGGAUGCUGGUUCGAUAGUCCUAAUGGAUUUGCUAUGGUCUGAUCCCACAGAAAAUGACAGUGUAGAAGGAUUAAGACCUAAUGCCAGAGGACCUGGUCUUGUAACAUUUGGGCCUGAUCGUGUAACUGAAUUCUGCAAGAAAAACAAACUACAGCUGAUUAUUAGAGCACACGAGUGUGUCAUGGAUGGAUUUGAAAGAUUUGCCCAGGGGCAGUUGAUCACUCUUUUUUCUGCCACCAACUACUGUGGAACUGCCAACAAUGCUGGUGCUAUACUAGUAGUAGGCAGAGGGUUGGUUAUUGUUCCAAAGUUGAUCCAUCCUUUGCCGCCUCCUCUUCUAUCACCUGAAACGUCUCCAGAACGAGUCAUGGAGGACACUUGGAUGCAGGAACUCAACAUUCAAAGACCGCCUACUCCUACUAGGGGUCGCCCACAACCAGAUCAUGACCGGAGCUCACUUGCCUAUAUUUGAUGCCUGGUCAUCUAUUCUGGAUAUUUCAAUUUGCUCUGCUGUGGAGUCACAAAUACCAUUGACUAUGCAUUCAUAAUUGAUUGAAAAUUCAGCAGAUAUUGUCUGUGUAUAUCUCCGUAGUCUUCAAAUGCCCUGGUGUAUUCUACAGAUACCAGUCAGAAGGCAUCCAACAUUGUAAAAUAGCUGGAGAGGUAGAGGUUUAGCUGUUAAAAGAGUGAAAAGUUGAUAUAGAUUAGUAUUAAUGCUGUUUAGACAAGGUUAUUUACAGUGAAAGGGAAGUAUUGUUAGCAGAGUGUUAGGUGUUGUGAUGUAAAAAACUAGAGAUAUCUUAUUCUUAAACUUGAUUAUUAGUGUGGUUUCUCUAUAUAACGUCUUCAAAUA